AUGAAUCAGGAAAAACUAGCAAAACUUCAGGCUCAGGUCCGGAUAGGUGGUAAGGGCACAGCCCGCAGAAAGAAGAAGGUUGUACACAGAACAGCAACAGCAGAUGACAAGAAACUUCAGAGUUCUCUCAAGAAACUGGCAGUAAAUAAUAUUGCUGGAAUUGAAGAGGUAAAUAUGAUUAAAGAUGAUGGCACUGUUAUCCACUUUAACAAUCCCAAGGUUCAAGCAUCCCUUUCCGCCAACACAUUUGCCAUUACCGGCCAUGCAGAAUCUAAGCAGAUCACAGAAAUGCUCCCAGGAAUCCUAAGUCAGCUGGGUGCUGACAGCCUCACAAGUCUCCGCAAGCUAGCUGAACAGUUCCCUCGGCAGGGUAAGGGACCUUCAUUGUCAUCCAUUUUGCCUGUCUCAUUAAGGAGAUUUCCUUGA